CCGCGAUCCAGAAGGUCCCUCAGUGCUUUCUCAGGAGCAUCCCCCCAAGGUUGUCCUGUCAAUGGUAAUAAGAUCCUGUUGGGUCUUUCAAUGGUCAAUUUAUCUUCCUAAUGACGACCCUCGUCCCUCGUGAGCCAUACUCCCAGGAGGAGCUCGAGCGGCUCUAUCCCAAGGGACUGCAGCUGCAAUUGGUUCAGGUGUUUCUCCGCCAUGGUUAGAGCCUCUUUCGGUAGUUCUUCUGCCAUUCCGUCCGCUGAUCGAUUCCUAGGUGAACGAACGCCUGUCUCGUCACGGUUUCAGAAUACAGGCCUUUCCCCGUGUAAAUAUCAUAUCGGAUCGCCUUUGAUUUUCUCGACGACUGGUCACUGACUUUUCUUCCCGCAAGAUUGGCCUUACUGCAAGGUAGCUACCCGGAUGGUCCAAAUGGCAGCCAGCAGGCAGGAUCUCGGGACAUGGGACAACUUUCAAUGGCGAAGGAGGAUGGAAACCUUUGGCCAGAGAGAUGAGCCGGUGGUCGCACUGGGUCCAGGAGGGGAUAUGGAGGGUAUCUGCCAUCACGGCGAGCUGACAGACCGAGGACGGGAAACGACAUUCGCUCUGGGUCAGCGACUGAGGCAUCUCUACGUCGACCAACUUGGAUUCAUGCCCAAGGUCAAAUCUGACACGGAUGACAUUUAUCUCCGUACCACUGCAGUUCCCCGAGCGCUCGAGUCACUCCAGCAAGUUUUCUGGGGAAUGUAUCCUGCCGAUUCUCGCACUGUCAAUCUUCCUCCCCCAGUAAUCGUCGGGCGCUCUGUGUCCGACGAGACACUGUUUCCUAACGAAGGAAGCUGUCCUCGUUUCAGACAACUGGCUAGGCUCUUUGCACAGCGAGCAGCUGAUCGGUGGAACGAAACCGAGGAGAUGGAAUAUUUGAACAGCAUUUGGUCGAAAUGGAUGCCUGCUUACUCACCCAGGAUUGCUGUAGAUUCCAAACCUCGCCUUUCUGGAAUAAUGGAUACGGUCAAUGCAACGGAUGCCCACGGACCAGGUACCAAGCUUCCUGUCGAGUUCUACGAUAAGAAAGGGAGAGCGAUCAUGGAUAAGAUCGCCGUGGACGAAUGGUUCGCCGGGUACCAAGAGACCAAUGAGUACAGGAGACUCGGUAUCGGCGCUCUUCUGGGAGAUGUUGUCGACAAUAUGGUUAGUGCAGCCACCACCGGAGGCUGGUUCAGUGAAACUAUAGCCCCAGGAUCAUUGAAGAAUGGCAAGGCAAUCAGAUUUGCUCUCAGCGGCUGCCAUGAUACCACUCUGGCGGCAAUUCUCAAUAGCGUUGGCGGGUUCAAAGGCGAAAAGUGGCCCCCUUUUACCUCAUCGAUAGCCAUCGAGCUGUUCUCUAAAGCAGGCGAAGGCGCCAGAGCCGUCGACGAAACACCCAAGAAGACGGGCUUCCUGUCAUUUUUGGGGGGCUCCUCGCCCUCUUCAACAAGACAGAAUCCGUCCGACGUUGCACGUAUCCCUCUUGAUUCCCUCCCCGAAUCAGCAAGGAAAGGACUAAAGAAUCACUAUGUACGCGUCAGGUACAAUGACAAACCUGUCCGUAUUCCCGGCUGUGCGGCGAAACCUGAGAACCAUCUGCCUGGCGACGAGACUUUUUGCACCCUAGAAGCUUUCAAAGGAAUAGUGGACAAGUUCACACCUAAGAACUGGAAGGAGGAGUGCGUCCAAAAUCUUGGAGACGGGUUGUUCGGUAAGGAUAACCGAUUUAAAGAGGAGGCCGGUUACUACUAGGGAUUACGACAGCAAGCGUCUUUGGUUUCUUUUUUGGGUCAAUGUUGACUUAAAAUGGUAUUGGUGCUUCCAUCUUAUAUAUGUGGUGGCCAUAAAUGUGUUAACGAAUACAGAUCAUGAGCUGCAAGGCUAAUACAAUUCAUUCAAUCUCUUGAGGUUAUCAAGAUCUUGUGUAUUUAGAUGUUAAAUAUGCAUAGUUAACCAAGUAAUCCACCACCCGGACACCUCUGUAUCCC